AUGAUAUCGGGCGUAGGGACUUACGGCCUGUAUGCAUAUGCAUGUGCAUACGCCGCCGCUCUUUUCGUGCCGAUCGCGGCACUGGCUAUCGGCCAACAGCAGCCUCCGAACGUAUCCAAGUGUGUUUUUGUCGGGGACGCGCAGAACCAGGAUCAGUUGGCGGUACUGACAUCGAUUCCUCCUCCUUCUGGGAAGGGAGCCCCACGCACGUCUGCCUUGGAUUUGAAGAUAUUUGCUGAGGAUCCACACUGGGCCGCCAAGGUGGAAGACUUCAUGGUCGGGGAGGGAGAGGACCAGCUCGGUGUCGAGAGCGCCUUGGAUCAAGUGCGCCAUGUGUCCUGGGCCGCUGGCCGAACAUUGCGACGAAAACUUGUUGUGCUACUUGCGUUCGCAGAGGAUGCGCGAUCCGAUGGGCUGACUAAAGCGGUUUUGGCAGCGUCGAGGCAUACCUCCAAUGCAGACUUUGUGCUCGUCGCUGAUGGGUUCGAACUGGACAUGGCGACAAGAGAAACGGUGACCGCAUCUGGGCGCUCAGUAGUGGCCGUCUUGUCCACGUCAUUCCUGUUGCUCCCCACCACCGCCAACGGGCCCUCCGCUCCACCGACCUUGAACCGGGAAUACAUUCGUGGAAGCGUCAACAACGAUAUCGGUGGCGGAAGGAUAGCAAGCGACAUUUUUGUUGCCUAUGAACGACUCAGGGCGACCACACUACCCCCACCGAAGGGAUUGAACUCAACGAUUUCCGGUACUGCGUCGCCUCGGGGAGAAACAGGAGAGCCCGAUAUUCGCGUUGACGGCAGGGAAAAACGUGCCGAUUCGAAGGGGGGGCGGUAUGACGAGUAUGGUCGGGUCCACCACCAUAGUAACAUCGGAGACAAGGGCAAAGGCUUGCUUGUCACUGCAUCACUCUCACGGGAAAGGCGAAGGCUAGACGAUGAAGACGUCUCAACUGCAUCAGAUGCAGACGGUCACAGAAGGGUACCUGCAGUAGAGGAAGAGGUGAAACAUGCACAGGACUGGAGCGAGGAAGUCAACGACUUAGGGCGGGCAUACUCAACAGCGGGUUCAUUGCGGGCACCGUCACCACCACGGCAACCACUGGGUAUGAGGCUGAGCGACGUGGCGCCCUUGCCUCUUCUCGUGUUUGAUACCGAAACUUUCUUGGCCCUUGGAGAGCUCGACGAACGUUUUGCCUUUCAGGGCGGUGUCGCCGAAUGGAUCAAUAGAGCGAAACUGGGGAGCACCCACGGCGGUACCAGUAAAAAUGCUGGGAGCGAUGACUACGGUGGUCAAGCAUCUUGCCGGCGACACCACAGGUCAAAUGCCAGGACGCACGCAACAAAGGGUGGUGGAGGCUCUACUGGAUGCUCCAGUUCUGACGGCGCUGUGCAACAUGUACACGAUUAUGAUUGGGGCAUACAGUAUAUCGUGUCUUGGCCUGAGGAUGAUAUGGAUUUUGACGAAGCUAAGCAAUCAAGAGGUUCUACCACCGACCAGUUCUUGCAAAAUGCACGCCAUGCCAGGGGGGAUCCGCUCAGUGGUGUGCAACGGCUUGGAGUUGACAAAAAUACUUUUCAGCAUGAAGGUGGUGGUGAGGACGAAUUUCGCCGGCGGGAUGGCUUUGAAGAUCUGCACGCAAGCGGCGAGGUCGUAAUUGACCAAUGGCAUGGAUUACCUCCCGCGAAAUUGGAGGACUUGGUUCAAGCCGAUGCUGACUUAUUUUUCUUGCCACUGCUGCUGUGGGAGCCAUCUUCAGAGGGGGCACCCAACGGCGAAAAGGACCCCAAGGAACUCUGCAUUUCUUUCCACUCGGAGUGGAUGGGGAGAUCUCCGAACAAACGUCUGGCGCGCGAGGCUCUGGAGAGGCGGAAACGAUUCCCCGUGGCGGUGGUCGUCGUCGUACACGACGACAUUUCCCUGAUGCGCGCCGUUCUGGAAGAGGUUGCGGCAGUGGUGGAACACAUCCUAGUCGUCGUGAGCGUGAGGCCAUGGCACGAGUCUGCCACGGACGUUUCUCCUACCUUGAGAAUGCUGGAAUGUAUGCUUCAGGAUGCCGACUCUCCCACUCGCGGCAAGCUUCGGGUCGAGGUCGGAUCCUGGGCCACAGAACCCGCGCAACGAGAGUACGGAAAUGCUUUAAUCAGGGAAGAUGUCAGGAACUUCUCCAGGGUUGUCGUCAUAGACACGGACGAAUUCUGGCAUCCUGUGGAACUCUCAAAGGCUCUAGUGCUAGCCGCGCAACAGUACAAAGUGGCGUUCGCUCAAGCGGAAAUGGACACGUAUUGGGCGAGCGUGAGGUCGGUGGUAUCUCCGCCGGAGAAGCUGCAAGCUCUUUGGCUGGUUGACCCUCGCCGCUGUGUGUGGCACCAACAUCGAGAGGUUAUUUGUGACAUCGAGUUGGGGGAAGAGCACCACACCGCGUUGCGCCUACAGAGAAACGAUGCGGUGGUUCAUCACCUGAGCUACGUUAGGGUGGAAGAAGACAUACGACGAAAAAUGGCAACAUUUUCGCACGCCGGAGAGGAACAGAGUGGAUGGUACGAGAGAAGUUGGCUUGGGUGGGCGACCAACCACUCACUGACGGAUCUCCAUCCUGUGAUUCCUGUGGCAUACAAGCGGGUCGUGCCACAGCCCUUGUUUCGACUUACUCCGCCCCUGCGCGCCCUCCACCUGGACGCGAAGAAGGGCAGAGAAAAUAUCGCUACUACCUUCAACACUCCGGACGAGCGCUGCACUACACCUUCGUCAGAUGGGGCAGCUGCGGUGGCGGGUAGCGCCAACCCCACCAGCGGGGCGAGGGUCCAGAGAGGCGUUCAUCGGGCCGAGAACAAGCUUCUGGAUGGAACUUUGGACGGGACGGUAGAUUGCUUCGAAGAUAGCAUUCAAGGAAAAGCCUACUCCGAGUCGGGUAGGCAGCCUAGCAUCAGCGCUGGUGAGGGCGCAGAUAAAAAAAUCAACGGCGGAAGCGGCAGUGAGGAUGAUAGCAAUGGGAAAGGAUUUCGCCAAGGUAUACGGGGAUGCGAGGCAACAGUGUUCGAGGAGUGGACCGAACGGCAGCGUACGAUGUGCCUUAUCCCUAACACCGGGAGGACGGUAUCUCAAUAAGGCCACACCAAAGGGUUACCACGUAUGGCGAAACUCACAUUUCUGUUCGGACACGAUAUCUGAUGCUGCCCCACUCGUCGUGAUUUGGCUGGAUUAGUGGUAGACAUGCCAAGGGUAUUGUACCCGCAAUAGACUAUUAUUUAGAGACACAUGCGUACAGUGUACGCCCACGUAUCGAAAAUCUUCGGGGGAGGUGAUUUUGUUUUCGCCGUUAUAUUUUUUUUGGGGGGACAUAUGUAGAAGAGAUCCCCGGGUUUAAACCUGAGGCGUUCUCACUAAGGCGGGGACAUACACUGGAAAUUCCGGGCAAACAUGCGGAAGCGUUUAUGCUGAGGCUGUUGUGUUUCUCUGCCUGUGUGUGCACAUUUUUUGCGUCGACAUUGCUAACCGGCUGGUCAAUGAACUGACGUCAUAGUCUCAGUGCAGUAGCAAACAAAAAAUGUUUCUGGAUGCCAUCAUCUGGGACCGCGAGAGGGGGCGUCAUGGGGGAGACUAAGUUGUUUUUCUUCGGAUUAAAGACAGAAACGGUAGAAACAGAAAAUCGUCU